GGAAUGCCACUGGUGGCUGCGUCGCCGUCGACAAUGUGGCAAAUUGGGCACUGAUAACCAACAAACUACAAUCAUUUGGGUUGUUUGCGCGUUGAUAUGAUGAGUUCUCAUAUUGUCACUCCCGGGCCUUACAGGGCGACAAAACUGGUAAGCUUUUCUUGUACACUUGUUCUUGUUGUGAAGUUAGCUAGCUAACGUUAAACCGUUAACUAGCAAGCUAACGUUACGAUGCUAGCUAUGCUGCAAGUUGGGCAAACUAGCUAGCUAUGCUGCAAUUUGGGCAAAUAGGCUGGCAAGUUAGCUAACUAGUAUGCUGCAACUUGGCUGGCUGGCUGGCUAGCUAGCAAGCUAUGCUGCAAGUUGGCUAACUAGCUACUGUAGAACUGUGCAGAUCACUCACAAUGUAAUAUAACGCUGUCUGUUAUCCGUGUUGUUUUUUUCCAGAGUCGGACAGCCCCACAUAUUUUAGGCCAGCAAUGUUACUGAGGAUUAGCUAGUUAGUAACGUUAGCGACAAUCCCCUGAUCAUUUAUUAUGGUGACUUGCCAACGUCAGGAUGUGUUCACAUCAGUAAUUAGCAGUUGAAACACUCCCCGCCCCUGUUUCGGUUGAAAGCUGAGAGAUGGGGCUGGAGAAAUGUAACCACUCAAAUUCAUAGACAUAGCGAGUCAUUGGAUGAAGUUGUCCUUCUGUAUGGGGGAGAUUUGUUAAGAGCCCCAGGGCUCAAUCAGAAAAUUAACACGCGGUAUGGUUUUGGAAGCAAGGACCUUAUCUUUCAUAUCAGCGAUAAAUCACACGGCCAUAUCUACAUGUUACAGCACUUGUGGAAGACGAGGCGAUCACCUGUGCUAAUUAGCGAACACCUGUGUGUAAGCGUAAUUCUGGAAGUGUAGCAGAAGGGUAGUUUCGUUGGAUUGAGGCACCCAUAGCUGUAUGGAUAUGUGAAAAACUGCUACUGUAAGUAUCUUUUAUUUGAAGGAUUAUUUAUUGCUGAUGAAAGAUAAGGGCUAUAUGUUUCGAAAUCCAUAUCUCAAGCGAUGAUUAUUGACGUUUCUAAACGUUCAAACACAGCAUCAGAGUUUUCGAGAUCUAUGGAUGCAAAGACUGACCAUCCAUGAUAUCAAAAUGAUCGUUUAACCAUGUUUUUAGGCUAUAUAGUGUUACAUUUAUAGUGCUAUAUAGUGUUAGUUAUUUUGUUUACAAACACUGGAGUAAACUAGUCUGAUUAAUCAGGCUGUAAUUUUACAUUUACGUCAUUUAGCAGACGCUCUUAUCCAGAGCGACUUACAAAUUGGUGUAUAUACACUCUGAAAACCUGUAAAUGUUCCUUACAAGUAAGAAUGUUGAAUGAAAUUACAUUUCAACUUACUCUACCGGUUGUCUGUGGGGUUUGUACUUCAGCUGCUCGAAAUUUGAGACAAAAUAUAUUUCUGAAAUAAUUUUUGGAGAGCUGGUGUGUAUAUGGUUAGGUUUGGCACCAAGGUAAAGUCAGUUUUACAUUGGAUAUCCGGUUUUCGCUCGUCAGCAGCUAUUUAACCAAGCAUGCCAUGACAAUGAAAAUUGUCUAUUCUGAAUCAGGGGAGGGUGGAGAACAAUCUACACCUUUUUUUCAUAAUAUUUGAAAUCUGAAUACAAAAUUGGACAAACCUCACAGACAACCGGUAGAGUAAGUGCAAAUGUAAUGUUAUUCAACCUUCUGGCUUGUAAGGAACGUUUACACGAUUUAUCAAAUUUUUCAGGCCAAUUAAUUGUGUAUUACAGCCUGGUUAAUCAGACUACAGUAAAACAAGUUUAUAUUUUGGGUUCUGAUGGGGUACGACAGUUAAACAAAGCUCAUGAGGCAUCUAUGUUAUAUUCUUCAAGAAUCAAUGGGUACAUAUAAUUAAUUCACAUGUCCAAAAAUGUAUGUAGCACCUGCAGAUUGCACCUUUUAACAAUAUGCAAGUUUAGACGACUCUCCCGAGUGGCGCAGUGGUCUAAGGCACUGCAUCGCAGUACUAGCUGUGCCACUAGAGAUCCUGGUUCGGAUCCAGGCUCUGUCGUAACCGGCCGCGACUGGGAGACCCAUGGGGCGGCGCACAAUUGGCCCAGGGUCAUCCAGGGUAGGGGAGGGAAUGGCCGGCAGGGAUGUAGCUCAGUUGGUAGAGCAUGGCGUUUGCAACGCCAGGGUUGUGGGUUCGAUUCCCACAGGGGGCCAGUAUGAAAAAAAAAUAAAAAAAAUGUAUGCACUCACUAACUGUAAGUCACUCUGGAUAAGAGCGUCUGCUAAAUGACUAAAAUGCAAUGUUACAGAUAACUAGCUAGUCUUUUGAAAGUACUGUGUAUGUGUGUAUAUAGAAAGCUUAAACAAUUUAAUUUGCAGUGGAAUGAAGUCACGAAGCUAUUCCGAGCAGGGAUGCCUCUGCGGAAACAUCGACAACACUUCAGAGUGUAUGGGAACUGUUUUACUGCCGUAGCAGCUGUCGACUGGUUACACGAACUGCUCAGGAACAAUAGUAACUUCGGACCAGAUGUCACCAGACAACAGACUGUCCAGCUGCUGAAGAAGUUCCUCAAAAAUCAUGUGAUCGAGGAUGUGAAGGGCAGAUGGGGUUCAGAAGAUAUGGAAGAGAACAGCCAUCUCUACAGGUAGCCUAAAUAGUUCACUCAGGCCGUUUACCAUUGAAAAAAUAGUUAAUGUUGCUGUAUAAGUGGGCGUUCUCUCUCUCGUGUGAACAUGCUUUCCCGCAUGAGCUCACGGUUCCUCUAUAAUCUUUCGCAUUCUCACUUGAGAGGGGAAACAGCUGGCUUUGGUCUACUUAUAGAUACACAUGGCAAGGCGUGGCUUAAGGUGACCACGCCCCCGAGUAGUGUACAGCCGUAGGGUACUCCUGUUACUUCCAUGUAAUUAGCCUAACUUUGGCGUCAUCCUAAGCAAACUGAAGCUUUUUUUGUCGUUUCAAUAAAUGUUUUCAGCGUUACUUGUCGUUAUUAACAUACUUGGCUGUCACAACAAAUUAUUUGCAUGAUACUUAUUCUGCCACUCUAAUUUGUUACCCGACAUGCUAACACUUACAGUAAAGCUGUAGCUUUAUACUUACGUCACUGUUUGUUAACCCCUAGCAUUUUUGCCGGUUAGUUAGCUGUCUGGCUAGCGAGAGAAGUUCGUCUCGAUCUAAUUCGCUAGUCACGUAACUACUUCCACUAUUUGCCUACCCUUGAACAGUGUAGUUAUUUUAAAAAGUGGAUUAUUUUUGGCUUGCAUAUGUCCUUUCAACUUGCCGGAGACCAGCUGGGCAUACAACCUUACCAAAUGGCCCUAACCAAAGUAGCCUAUAUGGUGAUGUCUACACCUACUUGGUGGAAUCUCCAAGUUUGCAUAAAUAUUCAAAUGCAAAAUAAUAUUAUAGCUGUUAUUUGGACGGAUACAGCUCACUAGUCCUUACUACAAGCUAACUAGCAAGCUUUAUGCAAAGCGACUUACCGGUGAAGUGCUUGAACACACACAAAUGUAUCGAGUAACCGGAGCCCACAGCUUUCCAUCAUCGAUAGCCUGAAACCAUAAGGUUCGUCUAACCUGGUCCUUGGGCAGUUGAUUAAACUUAAUUUGGUGGUCUUUUCUCUGUUCAAAUAAAACGGUAAGCAACAGCUUUUUGGCAUCUUAAAAGCAGGGUUAGCUAGCUAAUUGAAGAAAGUCAGUUGGAAUCGGCUCUUUGGCUAAUAAUCGUAAAAGUUUGGGGUCACUUAGAAAUGUCCUUGUUUUAGAAAGACAAGCAAUGUUUUGGUCCAUUUAAAAGAACAUCAAAUUGAUCAGAAAUACAGUGUAGACAUUGUUAAUGUUGUAAAUGGCUAUUGUAGCUGGAAACGGCUGAUUAAAAAAAAAAAAGGAAUAUCUAUGUAGGCGUACAGAGGCCCAUUAUCAGCAACCAUCAGUCCUGUGUUCCAAUGGCACGUUGUUUGCUAAUCCAAGUUUAUCAUUUUUAAAAGGCUAAUUGAUCAUUAGAAAACCCUCUUGCAAGUAUGUUAGCACAGCUGAAAACUGUUGUGCUGAUUAAAGAAGAAAUAAAACUGGCCUUGAGAUUAGUUGAGUAUCUGGAGCACCAGCAAUUGUGGGUUCGAUUACAGGAUCAAAAUGGCCAGAAACAAAUAACUUUCUUCUAAAACUCGUCAGUCUAUUCUUGUUCUGAGAAAUGAAGGCUAUUCCAUGCGAGAAAUUGCCAAGAAACUGAAGAUCUCGUACAACGCUGUGUACUACUCCCUUCACAGAACAACGCAAACUGGCUCUAACCAGAAUAGAAAGAGGAGUGGGAGGCCCCGGUGCACAACUGAGCAAGAGGAUACAUUAGUGUCUAGUUUGAGAAAGACGCCUCACAGGUCCUCAACUGGCAGCUUCAUUAAAUAGUACCCGCAAAACAACAGUCUCAACAUCAACAGUGAAGCAGCGACUCCGGGAUGCUGACCUUCUAGGCAGAGUUGCAAAGAAAAAGCCAUCUCAGACUGGCCAAUAAAAAGAAAAGAUUAAGAUGGGCAAAAGAACACCGACACUGGACAGAGGAAGAUUGGAAAAAAGUGUUAUGGACAGACAAAUCAAAGUUUGAGGUGUUCGGAUCACAAAGAAGAACAUUUGUGAGACGCAGACCAAAUGAAAAGAUGCUGGAGGAGUGCUUGAUGCCAUCUGUCAAACAUGGUGGAGGCAAUGUGAUGGUCUGGGGGUGCUUUGGUGGUGGUAAAGUGGGAGAUUUGUACAGGGUAAAAGGGAUCUUGAAGAAGGAAGGCUAUCACUCCGUUUUGCAAUGCCAUGCCAUACCCUGUGGAUGACGCUUGAUUGGAGCCAAUUUCCUCCUACAACAGGACAAUGACCCAAAGCACAGCUCCAAACUGCAAUAACUAUUUAGGGAAGAAGCAGUCAGCUGGUAUUCUGUCUAUAAUGGAGUGGCCAGCACAGUCACCGGAUCUCAACCUUAUUGAGCUGUUGUGGGAGCAGCUUGACCGUAUGGUACGUAAGAAGUGCCCAUCAAGCCAAUCCAACUUGUGGGAGGUGCUUCAGGAAGCAUGGGGUGAAAUCUCUUCAGAUUACCUCAAGAAAUUGACAACUAGAAUGCCAAAGGUCUGCAAGGCUGUAAUUGCUGCAAAUGGAGGAUUCUUUGAUGAAAGCAAAGUUUGAAGGACACAAUUAUUAUUUCAAUUAAAAAUCAUUAUUUCUAACCUUGUCAAUGACUACAUUUCCUAUGCAUUUUGCUAUAUUUCCUAUUAAAACUAAUUUCAUGUAUGUAUUCAUGGAAAACAAGGAAAUUUCGAAGUGACCCCAAACUUUUGAAUGGUAGUGUACAUUCCAUGCGACAGUCUCUGUUCAUGCUAACAAUUUUACGUUUAGAAUGAACGUGUUUUUAGGAAGUAUGUAGUUUGUUGAUUAAGAUGACAUGGAAGUAUGUUAAAUGACCAACCAAGCAUAUCCAAGAUGUUUUAUAGAAUGAUAGAAAAAGAGAAUAGACGUUGUCGGGUUAUGUGUAAAGUAGUCCAUUUAACAUGGGCGUAACAGGACUACCCUACGGCUGUACCCCACUCCGGGGCGUGGUCACGUUAAGCCAUGCCACGCCGUGUGUCUAUUGUCCACGCCCGAACAUAAAACAAUUAGCCAGUGAGAUGUCUCCUUUCUCGACCAUCUCUGGGGAACCCCCUCCGCGUGGUGGGGGCAAUAAGCAGACCAGUGCGGCCCCGCCCCGUAAAAAUGAGGGAGUGGGAUGUCAUACUUCGGCCAGAGAUGGUAGAGAAAGCAAUCUUUUUGGGUGUUUUUAAUCAUUUAAAUAAUUGCAUCGAUGGCUUGCUGUAAUGAGACGUAUCUGUAGUAAUUUCAAUCAAAGCAAAUACUAAACUGGAUAUUUGUCUGUGGUAACUAAGUGUGUUUCUGUGUAGCCUAUAUGAUUGACAAUACAUUUUGGUUUUCAUUUAAAUAAUGUUAUUUCACCUUUGCUGUCCUAGGUUUGCGUCAACAUCUCCUUUGAAACCAAUUCCCCAUCGCCCACCUGUGUCAGGGCCUGCGUCAGUAAAGAGGAAUUUCUCAAUGAAAGAAAAGGACGGCUUCUUCAAAUUUAGGACUUCCAAGAAACCUGACAAGGAGACUAUAGUAAGUAUUGUUGAUAUUUUAGAAAAAUGUCCCCUAUUAUGCCCCUGGUACGAUUUGCUCACUUAUCUACAUAAUUGACUGAGAAAUUGUUGUUUCUCACAGGAAAAUGUGGAUCCAUCAAAACAAGAUAUGGAAACUGAGCCUGUGAUUGAAGUGGUCCAGCCCAGAGAACUAACAGAGGAAGAUAUUCAGGAUGUUUGGAGAGGCAUCACUCUCACACAGUAAGAUCCACUCAUAAUUUAUUUUAACGUUUUAAUGAGUAGAUCCUUAAUCCAUUGCCAUUUUAUUAUUUCAGCCUUCAGAAAACAUUGGGAUUGACCGCACUUGAGGAUGUUUUGGAUCCAAGACACAUCAAUCCUCAAAACAUUGUGUACAACAUGACCAAUGUGAACAAGCAUGGGGUUGUUACACUUGAGGACAAGACGGGUAUAGCCUAUUCUUUCUCUGAUUUAUAUCUGCACUGUGUGUACUGUACACAAUGUAGACUACGUAAGAAGCAUGGUCAUUUAUUUGCCUUUUCUCCACAGAUGACCUCCCACACUGGGUUUUGUCUGCAAUGAAAUGUCUUGCAAACUGUAAGUAAGAUUUUACUCAACCGUUUUAGUGGCAUAUUGUAUUGAGAAAUAGAAGAUUUCACCUCACACAAAACAAUACUCUCAAUAUGAGAGCUUUGUUUUCAGACCAACAUCUAAAAAAUGUCACCCAUCCCGUUCUAGGGCCGAAGUAUGAUUCCAGCCAGCCAUCCUAUCCUGGGUUUGAGAGGGAUGUGUUUAAAACAGUCUCUGACUACUUCUACAGCCUCCCUCAGCCACUUCUUACAUUUGAGUACUAUGAGUUGUUUGUCAACAUCUUGGGUAUGUAUGCAUUUUGCAAGAUCUUAAAUUGAAUGCAGUAUUGUUAGAUGUGAAAUGGUUUGACAGAAACUCAAUUUCAUGGGUUUCCCUGUUCCUCCCUAACCUAAAGUGUUACUAAAACCUGGAUUCAAUUAACCAAUAAUGUAAUUCUUCCAUCUUUUGCAACUAAGCUAUCAAUAUUUGCAGUUAUUUGUAAUUUAAAGUAGAGGACAAAUCUCAGGUGUGGUUAUUGGAUUCAGGCAAAUGUUCUAAAAAGUUUACAAUACUCAUAUUCAUCCUUCUCUAUGAAAUGUAUUUUAUUUAUUUUUUAUAAGCUCUUUUGGAUGAGAUUUUGUUUGAGCCUUCUCCACUCUGCAACUGAACAAUAUGAUUGACCAGAUCCAAUACAAGCAGCAUGAAACUGCAACUGGUUUAUGUGUUAUUUCCCUCCUAACAGGAUGUGACGCGACUGCUCUGUGGCUGUGACUUUUUGUUAUAACUAACUCAUGUGUGUCCAAUUAGCUCUUCCCUUUCCCCACAUUGUGCCCACUCCCUUGUUUAUGUCCUGCCGGCUUCACAAGUGUUGUUUUUGUUUUGUCUCUUGCUAGUUUUAUGUGGCUACAUUGUGGCUCCUAAAACUCAGAGAGGAAAGCGAAAAAACCAAGAGGAGCCCAGCUACCCCCAGUCUGCAAAAAACCCUCACAUGAAUGGUGCUGUUAACCAGUUCAAAUCAACGGAAUGUCUGCUGUUGAGCUUAAUUCGGAAAGAGGCUUUUGAAGAGGGCGACUCACCAAUGAGAGAGGUGUUCAGCUCGAAGGCCCAGUCUACGUUUGCAGCUCUGAAGACUGGCUGUGCCAGGAGGGUCCCACAGAUGGGUCUGCCAGGCCGAAGGGCCAGUUCUGGGGACGUCCUGGGAGGCAGCUCUCCAAGUCUUGCAUGUUCAGAGAGCAGUGGAGCAUCAUCAGUUAGGCUCAGAAGACCCAGGAGUUGCUCCCUGGAGAGAAUCCUGGAUGAAUCAGCGGAGUCUGACUCAUGCUCCCAACACAAGUUGUUCCAGUCUACAGAGAGUCUGGCGUCCUGCAAAAGUAACAGUGGUAGCAAGUACAUCACCCCACCUCAGAAUAAAACAGACUCUCUGUCUAUGUUAGACAGCUGCCCUUACUCUGAACCCCAAGUCUUUGUCACCAUGGCAACUCCCAGUUGCGACACCAGUUCAGGUGUGACGUCUGUAGAGGGUAGCACUCACAGCUCCAAAAGCGAGGGUGCCAGAAGCAGCAUCUCACUACCAAUGGACAACCUCUCAGUCAGUCAGAAACCCAUGCCUAAGCGCCGUAGGAGCAUUGGUACCUGUUUGGAUAUAGCUGAGCACAGAGGGAAGUUUGCCAGCUGUUUCAGUAUUAACGCCCCUGUAGCAGAGAUCACCGUGAAGCCAGACUCCUCCUCAACUGUUGGCCUGAGGGGUCCCAGUCUGCUCAACCUGAGGGCCAGCAGCAUCGACCUCCGAGACCUCAGAGCUAGGCCUUCUGUUAGCAGGCGCUGUCAGAGCUCUCUGGACCUGUCCAGGCCGACCCUUGCUCUGCCCUCUGUGUUCACUUAUGCACGCCAUCUGAGUUCCGAGCAAAGUAAGCCUACAUCUGCAUGCUUGUGUUGUGGUGUUUGUGCUUUUGCAUGUCUUAAAACCUGACCUAACAUUACUCAUUGGGCUUGCACUAAUAUGGGGUGAGACUCUAAUUCUCCUUUAAGAGAAGGUUAUCACUGCAUGAAUUUCAAUUGUAAUCAUCUGGAUACUAUCCAGAACUUCAAACAGCCCUGUUUUAAAGUGUUAUGCCUAGAUACUCCUCAUGCCUAUUUACAAUUACAUUUAAUGAUAACGUUACAUUUAAUAACUUGUACACAUAGUUAAUGCAGUUCUUGCUGUAGAGAUAUAACAUUGAUUUAACCUUCCAGGUGAAAUCACACAGAUGCUUAAUCCGUUUCAAUGCAUUUCAUUAGCCUCAGUGUGUGUGCAUCGUUUUGAUCUGAUGCAUAUCAAGGGCUGAAUACAUGCCCUUCCAGUGUACAGUAGUGUGGUUGUGUAUAUGUGUGAAGGUCUCCUCCAGCCUCAGUUGGAGCGGGUGGCCAUUGAGGCUCUGCAGCUCUGCACCCUGUUGCUGCCCCCUGCCAGCCGGAGGAAGCUCCAGCUGCUGAUGAGAAUGAUCUCCCGGAUGAGUCAGAAUGUGGACAUGCCUCGGCUCCAUGACGUCAUAGGAACACGCACCCUGGUGAGGGCUGAGAGAAACACAGGUUUCUGCAUGGUGAUCUGAACAUAUCCUCAUAACUCCAUUAUUCAAUCCCGUUGCGUUUCCAGAUGGUGCAUACGUUCUCUCGCUGCGUGCUGGGCUGUGAGGAGGAGAUGGACCUGGAUGAGCUGCUGGCCACCAGACUGGUCUCCUUCCUCAUGGAUCACCACCAGGAGAUCCUCCAGGUGCCGGUCUAUCUGCAGAACGCUGUCCAGGACCACGUGGCAUACCUCAGGAAAGUACAGGUAUAAUACUGUCACUCCCUUUUCUUAUAAGGCAUCCAUUACAUACGGUAGUUGGUUACAUCAGUUGUCAUGAAAUAUAAUUUUCAUUGAUUUAAAGGUAGACUCAACGAAAUGACGUUGCCACGAGCAACACCGUAGAUAUUGCGACGAGCAAGAUGCAAGACUUCACUCCCACACAGUCACACACAGUAUCUGUGCAUGUGCAAGGGGUUCCCUUCACACUGUUUUCAACGUGGUAGCUACGGGACCAAAACAGCGGAGAAAUGUAGCCUUGCGCUUCGAUGCUCUUAGUUGUGGAAAUUGACCCACUAUUCUGUUUACUUUGUGCAUUUACGUCAUAUCGCUGAGUCUACCUUUAAAGAAAGUAGACCGUGACGUGUUGAAAGUGUGACUAUCCUCUCCUCCUCUAGAUAACCUACCCAGGUAGUGGUGGUGUGGGCGCCCCCAUGCCCAUCUACUACUUCUGCAGACAGAUCAGCACCAAGGAGUUUGAGGAGCAGAAGCUGAGUGUGUCGCAGGCUGCCAUCGCUGACCUGCUGGAGAGCCUGGUCAAAGACAAGAACAUGUCUGUGAAGGACAAGAAGAAGAAGCUCAAGCAGGUAACAAGUUAGAUGGCAUGUUGUGUGAACACUCAUCUAAUUCUCUUAACUCACUACACAGUAUGAAAAUGUAAUGUCUGCUAAAUGACUAAAAUGUACAAAUGUAAUCUCACUGCACAUUUGUGUACUAUUUAACCCCCCCUCCCCAGUUUCAGAGGCAGUAUACAGACAUUUACGCUCGCCGAUUUCCAACGACUGAGAGCGAGGCGCAGCUUUUUGAAGAUAAACCAAAGAUCAAACCGCCAAUGCUGAUAAGUAUGAAGAAACCAAAAGCUUUUGGAAUUAGAAACUGAAGGUAUAAUUGGGAUGCAACUGUUUGUAUGUGGAAUAUUGUUUGUUCUUGCUUGAAACUAGACCUGGCAGCUAAAUUAAGGAAGGUGGGAGGAAACUACAGUGGAGACCACCACAAUUUAGACUGCAACUAUGUAACAUUUGUCUUUAGGGUUGGAUUAUGCAUGUUUUAUGUAAAGUAAUGUGUUUUUGUGUAUGUAAUUUUUUAAUACUGCAGUAGGUAUCUUUAGUGCACCAAAUAAAUUAUUCGGGAUUGAUGAUGACCUCGUAUGGGAGUAUAAUAAGUGAGCCUGAAGACGAACCUGUAAGCAAAUGACAAUUUGGGAGUCAAUUCUGAUAGAUUUUGUAUUAAUCUGUUUAUUUUGAAGUUGAUCCAGAUUUAUACACUCCAAUUGACAUCAAAGUACAGUAUUUAAACUUUCAAGCAUUUGCUUUUUCUAGGGAUUAAUUUUGUUAUUAUUAAGCAUGGUAUUAGUCUACCUAGUUUUACUUCAUAGGGUUAUAUGAAAUGCUUAUAAUUUAACUUUGUCCAUGUUUCACUCUGAAGUUUUUCUGUAUUUUUAUUCCAUUAACAUUCUCUUAAAUAAUGUUAAUGUUGAGCUCCAACUACUUUAUUGUAGAUUUUUUUUUCUUCUAUUUUCUUUAUGUUCAGCCAUUUGGGAUAAACAAAGUUUUGCACUAUUCUGUCAUUUUACAUGAACGGUAUUUUAGACCAAUCAAUACAAUGGUUAAUAUAUACUUGACAAAUAUGUAUUUUUACUGCCAUCUAUGAAGUAUUAAACCUCCAAGGGAGACUUUUAGACUCAUAUAGAUGCAUUUUCUCAAUACCUCUUUAUGGCUGUAUACCUAACCUCAAAGGAAGAGCCAUCAAUGACAUAUCCGUUUACCUUUUGACUUGUAUAGUUAUUUCAUUGCAAAAAAAUCUGUUUACUAUGCAACGUUCUUGAAAAUAAAGUGUCCAACUGUAAAACAAUA